AGAAAUCUUUAGUAUGUUACGUACGUGUUCCUUACAUACACUGUAGGGAACAUCUAUACCUUAUCCUCGUACAUGAACAAACCCUAGAUACAACAUUAGAAUAUUUCUCAUACAAGGUUCCUCAUCAACUAAUAUGACUCGGCCCAAUCAACAACGAGCAUAUUCUUUUCUUUCACCUAUCCAACUCAAGCUGGCAAUCUUCUUCCUACAUAAACAAUGAACCAGCGCAUCGAUCAGUUCAUCACCAAGUGUGCUGCAAUCCCUCUACAUUUUCUUGCCAAGAAAAUGCAAAAUCCGGACCGAUUACCAGUUUAUCACUCUCAAGAAAAGCCCCGCCCGGUCCAACGCCGCCACACAGCCCACUACUAUGCCCACCGUGUUCGUGAAAGCCUCACAACCCGGGUAUCCAAGGUCAUAUGUUCCAUUUUCUUGUCCCUUGUUUUAAUUGUUGGUAUUGUGAUAUUUAUUUUAUGGCUCAGUCUGCGUCCGCAUAGGCCCCGAUUUCAUAUCCAUGAAUUUUCGGUUCCGGGUCUGGGUCAAUCGACUGGGUUCAAGAAUGCCACGAUAACAUUCAAUGUUACGAUCCGGAACCCGAACAAAGAUAUGGGAAUUUACUAUGAUUCCAUGAAAGGGUCGGUUUAUUACAAGGACCGGAUGAUUGGGUCAACUCCAUUAUUGCACCCGUUUUAUCAGAAGCCCAAGAAUACUGUCAUCGUGUACAAAGAGAUGAGUGGGGGUAAUUUGACGGUCAACAGUCAUCGUGGGAAUGAUCGUGGUCAAGGGUCGGUGGUGUUUCGUUUGGAUAUAACGUCGACCAUUCGAUUCAAGGUUUCCACGUGGCACAGUAAGCGCCAUAGGCUGCACGCCAACUGUGAUCUUGAAGUGGGCCCGGAUGGCAAUAUCUUGCCUACUUCAAAAGACAAGAGAUGCCCAGUCUAUUUCACUUGACCUGCACUGUGCAAGGGUGCGUCACAAUCCAUCCGCAAU